AUGGUAAAGUCGCUGUUCAACAUUUGCUUGUCAGCCGUCUGUCAGCAUCGUCUGAACGACCAUCUGGCCCUCAUACCGAUCGAGUGUAAACAGAAACUCCUCGAGUUCUUCACCAAUCAUGAUCAGCUGGCUGCAUUCGAUUGCGACCGACUGGUGUCGUCGUCGUCGUUCGCUCACAAUCUGACCGAAUUGAAGUUCUACCUCAGCGAGGACCUCUCCGAUUCCAUGCUCAACGCAUUUACAGCCAACAACAAACGACUUGAACGUAUAACACUUGUCGAGUGUCUGCGCGUCACCGAUAAGGGAGUACGCACGGUCACGUCAGGCCAAAAAAACCUACUGCAGUUGGAACUUCGAGCGAUGUAUCAACUGACGGACGCCGGGCUUACUGACGUUCAUUGUCCAUUUCUUCAUACUAUCGAUAUCAGUGGAUGUGCUGGGGUAACUAGUCUGGGAAUACGAUUUCUUGUACAACGGAAUCCCAACCUCCAUUGUCUUUACCUCAAUCAUUGUCGUUCGCUCGACGAUCAGGCGCUUUACGACAUUGCUUAUUAUGUAGGAGAACGAUUACGGGUGCUGGAAUUGGACUUUCUACCAGCGUUAAUUGACCCGGCAGCCGCUCUUCAACAUCUUUCUACUCGUUGUCCAAACGUUUGUCAACUUUCACUGGCGCAAUUCUUCAAUGAGAGCUAUAACGACUUUCCACCGACUGUGCAAUUCAAAAUCGAUGGUUUCAAUUUACGAGACAUCGAUCUUUAUGGCAAUUACUUCGUGAUCCUACCAGAACUCCCACCGACCGUCCACUCAUUACGUCUGUCAGUGAACGGUGAUGAGAACCCGUUUGAACUAAUUCGAAGUCUCGAAGCACAGCCAUUUCUUAAGAGCAUCAAUCUUCAGCUUACAAUACGCGACGCUAGCAUUGCAGCGAUCGACAACGCUAAUACGCUUCUCAGCACAAUUCUACCGUAUAUUGGAAGCAAAAUUACGAUACUCACAGUUGCCACACCACGUCUGUUCGACGAUUCCUUGCGCCUGAUCGUAGAAUGUACACCGAAUUUGACGCACCUCGCACUUGACGUCAAUCAUCUCAGCACCAGCAUUUUGCAGCGAUUCUUCUCAGGCGGUGCUAAGUCGCAAGGAUCUCGCCUGCGUUCACUGAAGAUAUGUCGAAUGAGAAUCACCUACAGGGUACUGUUCGCUAUUGCUCGUGGAGCCAGAAACCUUAUUGAUCUCGAGACUUCGCAAAUGCUGUCGGUUGAUGACCGAUUCCUCGCGAUUCUCGGUGAUAACUGUCGACAGCUGCGUUGUAUCAAUCUCAAUGGUUGUCGAUGGGUGAGUGACAAAGGCAUGGCGGCACUUGCAAGACGUUGUCCACUGAGAGAAGUCCGCAUCCGAGGUACCGCAUGCACGGAUAAGUCCAUCUAUACCCUUGCACAGUUCUGUCCCGAUCUAGAGUGGAUCUCAUAUGCUGACUACUCAGGUCGACCGAAGUUCACUGACAAGGCGCUUCAGUUUCUCAGAGAUGCAUGUAUUCAAAAAGUAAUCUUCAAUUCAUCACCAUUCACUAAGUUCAGUCGUAUAAGCUCUCAUGGAUUGGAAAAAUGA